AUGCCAAUCAAUCAGCCAUCUAAUCAGAUAAAGCUCACAAAUGUCUCUGUUGUACGUCUCAAAAAGGCCGGUAAGAGGUUUGAAAUAGCUUGCUACAAGAAUAAAGUUGGUGAAUGGAGGAAUGGAUCCGAGACUGAUAUCGAUAACGUUGUGCAGAUUUCCUCUGUUUUCACAAACGUUUCAAAAGGCGCGGUAUGCAAUAAUGAUGAGCUCCAGAAAGCUUUCGGUACUUCAGAUAAUGAUGAAAUCAUAAAGCAAAUUCUCAAGAAGGGUGAGCUCCAAGUAGGCGAGAAGGAGCGGGGACAUGAUUUGUCAAACAAGUGGAGAGAAAUUGCUACGAUUGUCGCCGAACGCUGCGUUGAUCCAGCAACAGGCAGACCAGUCACCGUGUCGAUGAUUGAAAAGGCUAUGCACGACGUGCACUACAGUGUGAACGCUAACAAGAAUGCUAAAUCUCAAAGUGGUGAGGUUAUCAAACAAAUUCAAGAGAAGGGUGUUCUUCCAUUGGCGAGAGCACAGAUGAGAGUUCGUAUAACGGCAGCCUCAAAAGAUGGCAAGAAUGUCAAGGAACGUAUAAAAGAAUACGUGAAUAAAGCUGAAGAUGAAGAUUGGAGUGAUGAAUGGGAAUAUAUCUGUCUCAUCGAUCCAUCAUCGUUCAAAGCCCUCAAUGAUUUGAAGUUGAACGCUCGCGUAGAAGUCUUAGAGAAUAGCGUAAAAGGAUAG